UAGGAGCGGCUCUGUUUGUACUUAUUUCGUUGCUACUUUUCUGUAUAAAUUUUGUUUCAAGUAAAUUUCUGACGAUCAAAAUUGUGAUAAUAAAAUAAAAAAUAAAAUUGUUUCGUCUAGUAUUUUUGGUGUAUUAUUUAUAAAUUAAGUCACCUAAUAGUAUUUACAUGCAGAGUUUAGGAUGUCACAAACGGAAAAUUAUGAUAAUUUGCUGAUUGAUUUUAAUAACUUAAAUGUGGGUGAACAAAAUUCGAAUAACGACUGUGCCGAGGAGAAUCCGGUAAAACCAGAAGCACAUGAACAAAAUAAUGAAAUAAACACCACAAAUACGGAGUCUAUGGCAUUUUUAUGCGCAUCACAGCCGUUGUAUAAAUUAUUGAAUUCUGAAUCACCCGAUGUGGCGGAUAAUAAUCCAUUUGAUCAUUUUGAUAAGCGCGCCUGUCUGUCAGAUGAUCCAUUUGAGAUAGUUUCAAAUGAAGCGCUAAAUUCUACUGCCGAAAAUGAAUUUCUCAAGGUAGAAACAGGAACAUUAAUAUCAAUUGAAUCGCCAAUUGUGUUUCACAAUGAGUUGGGGAUUGAUACGCAAUCUAAAAGAGUAUGUGAUACACAUGAAUCCGUCCAAAAUGCAUCAUUAUCAACACCGAAAAAUGUAUCACCAUCCGCGAAAAAUCGUAGCAAGGGAAAGAGUAAUUCAUUGAAUUUAUUAAAGUACAGUUUAUCGCAUAGUCGUUUGGAUUUUGCAACCGAAAGUGGAUCACACAGCGAAAAUGAAAAUUUAUCCAUGGAUGAAACAUUGGCGAAAAAGCAAAGAUCGGAAUUAAAUGUACCACGUGAUUCCAGUACAGAUGAUUCGUUCGAUGACAUUUGGUCAACAAAACCAAAUCUAAUCGAUUCUCAAACCGACAUCGAAUUUGAUAGUGAUAUCGAUAAUGAUAUUGCCAAAUUGAAUAUUCCAAUGUUGAAUAUUUCGGUGGCAGAAUCAAAAAUGGAAGAGAGAUUGACUUUAGAUUCUGAAUUCGUUGAAAAUUCUGUGGAGACAAAGGCAGCCAAUCGCAUUGAAAUUCUCGAAAAAUUUGCUUCAAUCAAACAAAAAAUACCACAAUCACCGUUGCAAAAUGAUACGAUUUCAAUGCCAAUACACAAUCGUACGGUUGAUAUGAAGUGUAGCCAAUUUCCACAUAUUGAAGAUGGACCGGUUACGCCAAACACCAUAUGUCCAUUGGAAUUGCUGCAACAACAACUAUUAACACAAUCUGACAAUUCAAAUCUACUCAUAGAGAACUUGAAAAAAUUAGUCGAUAAAUACGAUGACAAAAAUAAACAAUCGACGGCCAAACAUUUAUGGGAUGAUUUAAGUUCCAUUCUGACAGCAGCAAGUAAUGUCAACGAAAAUAUUGAGCAACCGACAAAGUCAACUGAAAUUGUGCCACCACAACCAAUAAAAAGGCAAGGUACAUUUAGCAUUGAGAAAGACAACGAAGAUGAAACAAAUGAUACUCAAGAUAAUGAUAGAACGAUUGAUUCUAAAGAAGUUAACACAAACAACGAUAGUGAAGUAAGUACAAUUGAUUCAGGAUUAUCACAAGUCGUGAAACAAAUUCAGAAUGUGCUUGGACCUCAUCAAAACAUAAAUGUACUGCAAACAAAUGCACAGUCUAUGGAAUCGUCAUCGGCAAAUCCAACGUAUAUUGUUGUAAUGGCGCAGCCCGUAGCCGAUUAUGGUGGCAAUGAAGAGAUCUAUCGAUCACAACGUGAUCGCAGCCAGUCGCUUACCAUAAAAGAAAAACCAUUGGCAGCUAUUCGUGCAGCUCAGCAAAAAAUCGGACAAACUCGCACACAAGCCGAUACAGUAGCAACUCCAAUCAAGCGUUCAACACUACAAAGACGCGGUUCAUUCGGCGCGUCAAACAGAACAAAGAUAAUGACGCCUAAAAAUGAAGAAAGUGAUUAUCAAAAUCAGAAACAAUCCAUCCAGCCAGAUACUCCGAAAGUAUUUCGCCGUCGUUCACUUCAAGGGCCUUUGAUGACAAAGCCACCACCAUCCGAUCCUGAACCAAUUGCCCGUACAAAACCAUUAAACCCACUUCUUAGACGGCAAUCAUUUCAAUGUACAACAUCAGCAUCUGGAAUACGUUCGCCGUCUCCCAAAUUAAGUUCGAUGCGUGGUCCAUCACCUGCAUCACUACGUUUAAAUUCAAAUACAACUGGAACAUUGACGCGACGUAAAACGUUUGCAACCGAUUUGGUAAAAGAUUCACCACAAAAAGUAAAAACCUCAUACGGAAUUAUGAAAAAACCGCCAGCUCCGCCUGCUGCACGAAAUUUAAAAAUUCGAGUAUCACAAACAAUGAGUGGCAGAUCGAAUGCACCGUUGCGAGCCGUUGUACCAAUGAAUCGCGUUGCAUCUUCACUUUUGGUCAAUGAAACCGUAUCACCGGUUGAGAGUAAUGGAAUUAACGCUCUCAUUACCAGUACUCCUCGCAUUCCAUCUUUAACGCCAGCAAAAUCAAAAAAAUUAUCAUUAGCAGGGCCUUCAGCACUUCCAGCCGAAUCACCAAUUCAACUACUAAAAAAAGAUCGAACGUAUUUAUCAAGGACACCAUCAAAGCCGUCCAUUCAAACACCUCAAAAUAAUGUGCCGAAUCGUCGGCGUACCCUGUCCGACUAUCGAACUAGUGUGAAUAACAGUGGGAUCGUUGAAACGGAUCAAAGUGGAAAAACCGUUUCAAAUGCAAAAAAUGCUACCAAAACAUCGACCAGUGGUCUGAAUAAAUUCACAUCCAGAAGAACGUCGAGCAUUGGUUUGAAACGAAUCUCAAGUACAGACAGUAAAGAAAAUAAACAACCAUUAUAAUAUUUUGAAUAUACCCGACGUAAUUAAAAUUACGACCAUUUUUUUUGGUGAAAAUAAUUCAGAAACUAGAGAUAAAUUCAAGCAUUUUUUCAAUAAAAAUUCAUGUUCAUUAGAAA